AUGACGUCAUCUUCCGGAGUUGACAAUUUCACAGACUAUAUACUUGUACCUGUAUACCAUAAGCCAGUAUUUUCUGUGGAACAAUUCAUAUUUUUCUUAUUCUCAAUCAUUUUCUUAUGCUUAAUCUCAUUCAUACUGCUCAAUACACUUCCAUGUUGUAAACGGGAAUAUACAACGACAUGCCGCAAUCAAAAUGACUCAGAAACUGAUACCAAAGACAAUCUAUUGGACAAGGGUAAACCGGAAGACGAGAUAAGGCCGAUGAGUCCUAUUUCAUCGGCUGGAUUUCUUAUCCUAAACUUACUGAUAAAUGCUGUAGCCAAUGGAAGCCUUCCUCCGAUACAAACCUACUCAUGCCUGCCAUAUGGUACCGACGUGUACCAUUGGUCAGUGACAUUAUCAAAUAUAGCCAAUCCGUUGGCCUGUUUUGUGGCAUUUGUAUUUCCGGUUGUCACACAAAGAGUCAUUUACAGUGUGUCAGCCGCUGGAUUCGCUACAGCUGCGUAUAUUUUGUACACUGCCGCAUUAAGCCCAUAUCUCGUCUUUCAGGACACAGGCGUCGGUCCUAUUCUAGUGGUUUUAGCCUGGAUUCUUACCAUGGCACUUCUCACCUUUGCUAAGGUCAGCAUAGCAACGCUCUUCCGGAACGAAGGAAAGGAUUCUCUGAGAAUGUAUGGGAUAGGGUCACAGGCGGGGUCAACAAUGGGGGCAAUCAUCAUGUAUAUCCUCAUAAAUGUCAUCGGGAAGUUUGAAAAUGCCGAACCGUGUCCGACAUAG